UGGCACAGAUUCAGUGUCAUACAAACAAACCCUUAUAAAUCUGGUUAUGUGAGAACAUUUUUCCUUUGUACAGUAGUUGUUUGCUUAAAGGAAAGCGAUGAUUGGAUAAUUGGACGCGCAGGGAGAGAGGGAGGAUUUGAAAAACAAACAAGAGAACAGACAGGUUUCCUUUUUUUUAGUACAACUGGUUUCUAUUAACAUUAGUGAAAACACAUUUAAUUUAAGUGUGGUAAAUUUUUAAAUCAAACUAUUUUCCUCUUUUGUUCCAUAGGAUAAUAAUGUGUACUUUAUUGAUCCCAGUGGGGAAAUUACAUUUGACCCAUUCACUCAGUGAAGCAGCGGGCAGCCACACCGGGGAGCAGUGUGUAGGGACGGUACCUUGCUCAGGGGUACCUCAGGGUAGCCAUUCGGUGAAUUCGAACCCCCGACCCUGCCCCAUGGUUGAUAAUUUGUAAUCAUAACUGUCAUAACUGUGUCAAAUUUAUCACAGCACAGAGGCAGCAGCAGUGGAGAGCAAUCAAAGAUAGAAAUAAAGAAAUACUUUAGUCCAUAAUAACCAAGUAAGGAGCUUCCUGUUAAUGAGUGGAGUGUGUGAGGUUAUGAGGGCGUAGUUAGUUGGUAAGGUUUUCCUUGUACUUUUUUGACUUUACUCUCUUACAAUCAUAUUUACUAGUUUAGUACCUCAAGAAGAAAAAUAACAGUUUUCCAGAAAAUUUGUGACUUUUUUUUAUUAAACGUACUACUAGAGUUUCAGGACUUCAGAGUUUCUCUUUCAGUUAAGGGAGGUUUUACGAGGUCCACUGAUGUGCAUGUAGUUUCCAGUGUGUAAUGCAUAUUAUAAUAUUUGGGAACAUUUCCAAAAGUAACAUUGCCUACUGAAAGAAUUUUCUGCAUAUACUGACUUAAAUUUACAUUAAAAACUUGUGGCUCUGCAGUUCAUUAUGUUAAAUAAAAUCUUUCUUUAUUCAUAACAGGGAAUGUUUUAUUUUUCUUGAUGACUUCUUGAUUUACUGAGUUUUCAGACUGUGUGAGUGCAGACUUUUAGUUUGUUACGGAACUCACCUGAAGCUGUGGAGCAGGAAUAGUUUCCUGUUGCAUCUUUAAAGUGAGGGGUAGGUGGGAGAGCACGAGGUAUGUGUCAAACUGGUUUACCCACAUUCAAUCACUUCACUAUCACAACACGCCCAGUUCUGCCUUAUAAAGCAGCCAAAAAGAUAAAACGUGCACAACAGAGCUAUACCACCACUUCUACCAGCUGAGCUCCCCAUCCUUUCCAGCAGUGCAAACUCAACAGCACCAUGAGUCUGAGGAGCAAGCGGAAGAGCCUGCUGAACUCACCUUCAGGGCGAUUCAGCAGUAGUUCCAUGGGAUCCAACUCCAUCCGCCAAAUCAGCACCGCUACCGAUAUCAAACCAGUAACAAUCGACAGGAGCCUGCUUGCCCCACUAAACUUAGAAGUUGAUCCCACCGUCCAAACUAUACGCACCAUGGAGAAAAAUCAGCUGAAGACUCUUAACAACAAGUUUGCAUCCUACAUCGAAAAGGUCAGACAGCUGGAGCAGCAGAACAAAGUGCUGGAAACCAAGUGGAAGCUCCUGAAUCAGCAAAGUGCCCCCUCCUCUGAUGAUGCGGAGUCCAUUAUUAAGACGUUCAUUUCCAACCUGGAAAAACAGCUGGAGCUUUGCAGACACGAUAAAGUGAGGCUUGAAAAUGAGUUCACAGCCAUGGUCGAGACUGUGGAAGACUACAAGACUAAGUAUGAGGAAGAGAUCAACUGCAGGGCCACUUCAGAGAAUGAUUUUGUACUGCUCAAAAAGGAUGUGGAUGAAGAAAUUAUGAGAAAGGUGGAUUUGGAAAGCCAGUUGACAGCUAUUCAGGAUGAAAUCUUGUUCCUCAAAGAAGUGUAUCAGAUGGAGCUGUAUGACAUGCAGCAGCGUGUGAAGGACACCUCUGUGGUGGUGCAGAUGGACAACUCCCGCAACCUGAACAUGGACCACAUUAUAGCUGAUGUUAAGGCUCAGUAUGAAGAAAUUGCUGCUUACAGCCGUGAAGAAGUUGAAAAGUGGUACAAGAGCAAGUUUGAUCAGAUGAAAGUGCAGGUCCAGCAACAUAACAGCGAGCUGCAAAACACUAAGGCCGAAAUAGCUGAGCUUAAGCGAAUGAUUCUUCGUCGGCAGACUGAGAUUGAUGUUAUGAAGGAACAGUAUUCCCACAAUGAGGUAAGCAUAUCUGAUAUGGAAGAGCGAGGGGAAGAGGCUGUAAUAGAUGCAAAAAGCCGCAUUAAGGACCUUGAGGCGGCUCUGAGGCAGGACAAGCAUAACAUGGCCAAGCAGCUCAGAGACUACCAAGACCUCAUGAAUGUCAAGCUGACCCUGGAUAUCGAGAUCUCCACCUACAGGAAACUCCUGGAGGGAGAGGAAGAAAGACUUGGUAAAGACUCUGUUAUCAGCAUCCAAACAGUGCCCAACAAAACAGCUGUUGCCAGUAACGACUGUGUUGAUGGCACUGAAAGAGUGUUCAGUGUCCAAACAGUGCCCAACCGAACUGUGCCCGUUACCAUGCAGAGACAAAGGUCAGGUCCUGUUCUCAUCAAGACAGUGGAGACCAUGGACACGACAUACACCGAAGGCAAAUAAAACGCAGCAGUGCUCUGAACUGACCGAUUGCUACUUAAAACUACCCUUAAAUUAAUCUGUUUUCAAACUGCUGUAACCUCACUGUAUCAAAAGGCCAUGUGUAUCUGUGUCUCUGUUUUUCGUUUCCUUGUGAUUCUGUCACAUUAAAUUACAAAUUGUACUCA